AUGACAUCCCUCCGCCCACUCUAUGGGUUGGAUCACUCUGGAUCGAAUCUAGCAGCCAUCCAAGGCAAAAGAGUUCCCGAUGAUCCGACGAAUCAAAUAGCUCGGUUAUGUGUGGUGCGAGGAAUCCGCACUCACGAUGGCUUCGCGCAGGAGCUACACGGGCAUCUUCCUGAAUACACACGCGCUUUGAACGCGCGCGCGAUCAUGAGCAAUCGAGUCCCAAAUAUGAAAUCACCGGACGAUUUCCCUUACUGCUUCUGGCAUCCAGAAAUCCCAGCCCAACAGACUCUCCGAGGCCUACUAGAGCGAUACCCUGGGAACGACCUAUUGCGGUACCAGGUCGGGCGCGCAUGUGCUGCAGGAGGCUACACCUCACUUUACCUAGGACUCGAUCUACUGCCGGAUGUGGCUAUUGCAGAGGAAGCGCGCGACAAUCGGACGUCCGGGCAAGCAAUCUAUGAGAGCAUUAUUAACAGCCUAACCAGGUGGUCUUGUAUGGAUGACUACAACCGCUGUCUACACUCACCCCUGCGUUCUGGAGCCCAUUUGAACGGUGAUACGUGUGUGCGGUCUAUGCUUGAUCAAACCCUACCGGGAGGGGGGUGCAUCUUCCCUGUUGUGCUGCCCCCUAUGUUUGAUAUUACCGAGGACUGGUGCCUCGACGCCGAAGGCAUAUUACCCGGGGCGCGACCGGUCGAUCCAGAAGCUGUCCGGCUAUUGUGUGAACCACUGCCCGCUGAUCUUCCCACUGUUGAUAAGGACCUGUUAAUCCUGAUGGCAGCGUGGUCAGGCAACAUCGACCGCUACGCACGGCUGCGCCGACCAACCAUGAUCCACGGCGAACUGCCAUGUGUUGUUCGAGGAAUCUACCAUCACCCGUUCUUCGCUAAAUGGUGGUUGAUGCAGGAGACUUCGUUGAAAGCCAUUCGACAAGCCAUUUAUGCCCGACUCAUUUUAAACAAUGACUUGUCCUGGUUGAAUGACAGCACGCCAGAUACCGAUCUCCCGGUUCUGAUAUGGUUCCCAAAGACUGCAAGCGAGUAUACCUACACCGAGUUGGCACGGCUCCGACCAUCGAUGACACCGCAGAUUGCACGCGCUUGUAUAAAUGCUAAUUAUCAAGCACUAUUUGAUGGUCUUAAUGCAACCCCGGAUAUAUUUCUUUGGCGGGCUGCCGAGAAAUCUACAAACAGUCACUACCUCGAACACAUUGAACAGAAAGCAACGGAGCUAGGACUUGAUCGGGGCGAGCUUUCUGAGUUGGAUGUGCCAGAUGAGGAGUUCAUAUCUAUGUGGCCAGCCAGACCUGACCUGACGGAUACAUGGCCUAUGGCUGUGCUAGCCCAGGAGAUUGAUGCUAUCGGGCUUCGGGGGGAUCUCACCAUUUUGCGUGAGCUAACCAUCGACCAUAUUGGAUUCGAGCCCGAAGGCGAUGCUAUACCUUCUGUAGUAGAGAAUCUCUUACUAAAUGUGUGCUUGGCGAAUCCGUCGAUAAGACCGUCACUCCCCUUCGAAAGAUUACUUCUUAGCGAGGCGUAUAGGGAUGCGCCGUAUGUGGAAUCGGAGGAAGACCGUAAAAUGGUAGGGUUGCGGCCGAAUCCAAGGAUGCCUCGUGGCGGAUACCGCGGAACGGGCCGUGGAAGGAGAGGUUAG